GCUCACAGCGCACCUGGUCUCUGGUCCUUUUCGGUCCCUUUUUUCGCCCAUGGGAAACGUUCCUUUUUGCGACUGCUCCCAGCUCUGCAGCGGUCCCAAGGAGGAAGCGAAAGAGGCGAGUCCCUUGGAGAUUGAGCGGCUGCAGGCAGCUCGACAGUUGUUUGAGCUGACGGAUCUCAAUGGUGACGGCUUCAUUUCAGUGGAAGAGUUCGCCUUGAUGGGCCUCCUGCAAACCAAGGUGCACUCUGAAAAGAAGAUGACCAAGGAGGAGGAUGACCAGGUCCGGCAGAUCUUUGUGCAGCGCUUUGGCCGCGACAUCAACUCGUCCUUCCGCCCAGUGCCCUAUGCCCAGUACAAGGAGUAUCUCAUGUGGUCUGUGAAUAGCAUGGACCCUGGCGACCUGAAGGCGCAAUCGCUGAUCUGGGACGGCUUGUUGGUGGAGGCGAAGAUUGCCAGAGAGAUGGCCAUGGAAGGCAAAGCUCUUCAAGUGGCGUCGACGUUGCCGACGUUGCCGAACCUCCUCACAAGUGUGGGCCAAAAUUGCUCAUCCCCGAAACAUGUUCUGUGUCGGGUCUGAGAAUGUCUGAGACUAUUGUGAUCACUGUGACGCCGCCGGCGAUGGGUAUGGGUCAAAGCGGAGUGCCCC